AUGAUAAAAGAAGAACCAGUUAAGGAGUCAUAUGAACCAACAAAGAAACAAGAAGGUGGAAAAGUCCCGGCAGAAGAUCUAGCAGUAUCACCACACAAAGACGCAAAAGCACCAGAUGAAGCAUCAAUAAUGGAGAGGCAGCAAAGGAUGGAAAAGAUCAACGGUAAAGUACCAACAAAAGGAAAUCACCAGGGUAUAAUUAUCGAGGCAUAA